CACAAGAAAGACGCCCCUACUCAUCGACCAUGUCCCAGUCUGAGAUGUGUGUGUCUGUGUGGGACUGGCUGUGUGCCCUGCGUCUGGAGCAGUACUGCGACGCCUUCCAAGACUUCGGGCUGCUGACGCUGGGGCAAUGCCAGAGCCUCUCUCUGGAACAGCUGGAGAGUCUGGGAGUCACGCUGCCGGGACACCGGCGACGCAUCUUGGCCAGCCUGCACAAGUCCCAGUCCCCUACCCACCCUCCUCCCCAUCAGCAGCCAGACACACAGGGCUCCCCGAGGCCCCGUCCCAACCAAGCCGUCGCGGCGGAGGAGGUGGCGGCGCAACAGCAGGGGAGGGGAGCGGCCCUGUGCCCCAAGCCGCCCCAGAGGGAGAGACCCGUGCCCGUACCGCCCGAUAGAGAGAGGCCCGUCCCAAAGGAGAGGAGGGAAGUCCUGCCUGUCCCCAGAGAGAGGCCGAGGCCUACCCCCCGGGAGAGGGCCGCACGCUCCUCGGAGAGGUCCGGAUCGGAGGAAGGGAGGGGGGACUCCGGGGAGGAGGGGAGGACGCCCCGGCUGCAACGGGAUAGACCGAGAGCCCGGACAGUAAACGAGGCAGACGGAGGGCCGGAAGAGGGGAGGCCAAGGCCCGUGCCCAGGGAGAGGACUAAGCAUAGCGCCUCUUGCCCUGAAGAUCCCGGCAGCGACCCUGCCUUGCCCCCCAUCCCCCCAAGGAGCACCCCCAACCGCCCACCUCAGCGCUUCACCCUCCCCACCCCCAGCCCCCCUGUCCCGGUCCCCGCUGGCUCAUCUCCACCCCCCAGCAGCAGGACCCCUCCGCCCCCCGACGUUCCCAGCAGGAGCCAGGGCCCCAGCCUUCACACCACCCCCACCCUCCAGACCCCUCCCCCCGUCACACAGACGGCCGUCCAGCCUCCUGGUUCCCCCGCCCCCCCGCCCUCCCCCCUUCCACGCCCCAAGACAUUGGCUCUGCUCCCCCCACUCGCUCCUCGGAGGGGGGGCGGCGGCGAAGGGAGAAGGACUUCACCCGCCUCUCCCGCCACCACCCCGCCUUUACCCCGCUCCUGCUUGUCGUCAUCCACUGCCUCCUCUGCAUCCUCCUCCUCCUCCUCCACCUCCACCUCCCCUUCCUCCAACUACUCCCUACCACCAGAGUUGAAGGCCGAGAUUGUUGCCCCACCCCUGCCUCCUAAAGCCAGCACGGCUCCGGCGGCAUCCCAGAUGUCCUGGCCCCGGGAGAGGGUGCAGCUCUCCAGGUUUCGGCGUGGCCACAGCCCCGUCCAUCCAAGAGUGGCCUUGUCCGAUGACCCAGCGCCCGCCGCCUUGCCCCGCGUCAGGACGCCCAAGACACCCGAAGAACCGUCCCCGCGCCUGCCGCUGGAUCCUCAGCAGCCUGAGGUGUUGACGAGCGCACAGCCAGCCCUGCCGGCCAGAGACCUCUGGCGGCCCCCUUCCAUCACUGCAUCAAAACAGGACAGUUCUGAUGACUCUGAUUAUACAGAGCCAUUUAUCCCAAGUAGCCUUUUAGUUAACUCACCAGACAAGGAUAUGUUACUGCCCGUGCCAAGGCAGAAAAAGCGUAUCAGUUCAUUGUGCAGCGAUGACGAGCUACUGGAUGACGACGAGUCAAAUGCUAACCAUCGUGACUCAUGGUUGGACUACGAGCCUGUGUCAACACAAGGCAGUCUUUAUCUGCCGUCCUGCGGCCCAUUGGGCCUGCCUCCAAAAGAAGACUCCGCCCACCAGAGCGCGGUCAUUAAAAUGGGCUGGCUGGACAAGAACCCCCCGCAGGGGGCCCUCUAUUACCAGAGACGAUGGGUCAAACUUGAUGUGGACUACUUGAGAUACUUUGACAAUGAGAAGGAGGUGUACUCCAAGAGGAUGAUUGCAACAGCUGCCAUCACAAACGUCAUGUGUGUGGGAGAGCUCAAGUUUGAGGUGGUCACCAACAACCGCACCUUCCUGUUCCGGGCAGAGAAUGAAGUUGAGAGGAACGACUGGGUUGCUGAUCUGCUUGACUGCACCAGGGGGCGCCGUCGCAUUAGCACUAUCAGCACAGGCUCACCUGUGACCACUGAGUGCUAUAAGGGCUACCUGGAACUCAGAGGCUUACGCUCCAAACUCUUCACUGUCGUGGCCUCUGAUAAAGUCUUCCUCUACAAGAACAUUGAGGACUACCACAUAGGAAUGGGCAUAACGUCCAUAGACAUGAACGUGGGGAACGUUAAGGACACCGACCGGCGUAGCUUCGACCUCACCACGCCCUACCGCAUAUUCUGCUUCACGGUGGAGUCAGAGCAGCUCAAGGAGCAGUGGAUCGAGGCCAUGCGCACCGCCAUAGGGGAGGCCCUGUCCAAUAGCGAGGUGGCUGAGCGGAUCUGGGCGGAGCCUAGCAACGGAUGCUGUGCCGACUGCGGCGUGGCCGGUCCCGACUGGGCGUCCAUCAACCUGUGUGUGGUGGUCUGCAAACGCUGCGCAGGAGAGCACAGAGGACUGGGUCCCAGCAUCUCUAAAAUUCGUAGUCUGAAAAUGGACCGGAAAGUCUGGACAGAGGAUCUCAUACAGCUGUUCUUGUUGCUAGGCAACGAGCGGGUCAACGCGUUCUGGGCCGCCAACGUGCCGCCCAGCGAGGCCCUGGCGCCCUCUAGCUGCAGCAGGGAUAGGCGGAGCUUCAUCGGCAACAAGUACCGCCAGGGGAAGUACAGGAAGUACCACCCGCUGUACGGCAAUCAGAGGGAACUGGACAACGCGCUGUGUAUCAAUGUGCAGUGCAGUGACGUGCUGGAGACACUGAGCCUGGUGUUCUGCGGUGCCGAUGUGAACGGUCCGACCGGCAUUGCCGACUGCCCCUCGACGUUUUCCCUGGCCACGGCUCACGGCCAGCCCCUGCAGGCCGAGUUCCUCAGUCGCAACCUCAACACAGAGCUGCCCCGCUCCGAGGUGGGCGGGGCCAUGGAGACGGUGCACUAUGCGCCCUCGCCGUCCGUCUCCCACAACGGCUUCCUGUACAAGACGGGCUCCAUGGCACGUGCCAUUGCAGAGAAGAAGGGCAGAGACGAGUUCAGUCGUCGCUGGUGCACACUGAACGACGGAUGCUUCAGUUACUACGAGAGCGACAAGAACUCCAGCCCCAACGGGACGCUGAAGGCAGCCGAGAUAGUGUGUCUGGCGGUCAGCCCCCCGGAGAAACACGGGUACGACCAUACCUUUGAGCUAUACUCUGACUCAGACCGCCUCUAUUUGUUCGGCACCGAUGACCCGGAGAGUCAUAGGGAAUGGGUCAAGUCCCUCGCCAAGACCUUCAUCCCAGCCAAUGCAGAGCCUCUGCUGAGGUUGGGCUUCGAGCGGAUUGGUCGACUCAAAUACAAAGAUGGGUUGAACUUGCAGACGCCCAAGGUUGGGUGGUUCGCUCUGGUGGGCUCCACACUUUACGCCUACCUAGACAACAGCCAGGGAGAGGAGAUCCAUCUGCGCAAACUCCUCGAGCUCUCAAUCCAACAAGACAAUGAGGUGCUGGUUCUGGUGGAGAGGGGCAGGACUCUGUACAUGGAGGGGGAGAGGAAGCUGGACUUUGCCGGCUGGUGCUCUGCCAUCCAGAGCGCUGCGGGCAGCGGCGGGGACACCCUGAGUCAACAGCAGCUCACAGACACGGACAUACCCGUCAUAGUGCACAGCUGCAUCGGAUACAUCACCCAGUGCGGGCUGACCUCGGAGGGAAUCUACCGCAAGAGCGGGGUGAACUCACGUGUGGCGGCGCUGUGCGACGAGUUCCGCCGCGACGCGCGCAGCAUCUGCCUCCGGGAGGCCGUGCACCAGGUGGACGACGUCAGCAACGCCCUCAAGCGCUUCUUCAGGGACGUGGAGGCGGGCCUGUUCACCCCCGAGGCCACCGCCGCCUGGCUGAGCACCGUGGCCCUGCCGGAAGACAGCCUGAAGAUAGCCCAAUACCAGCUGCUGCUGAGCAGACUGCCCUGUGUCAACAAGGCCACUCUGACAGCCCUGGUGAAACACCUCUACUGUGUGCAGCGGUUCUCCGAGCUGAACCAGAUGAACCUCCACAACCUGGCCAUAGUGUUUGGUCCCACGCUGUUCCAGACCGACGGCAAGGACUACACAGCCGGCAUGGUCAUCGAGGGCCUCAUAGAACACUACACGCGCAUCUUUGAGGUGGAUGAGCAGCAGGUGAAGAAGCAACUGGAUGAGAUCACAGCCAUCAUCAAAGUGCGAGAGAGCUGUAAUACAAAAGUCCCUACAAAUGGCUCUGGGGAUUUUAUCUGCACUGUGUACUUGGAGGAAAAGACUGAAACAGCUGAACAGCAUGUAAAGAUCCCUGGCUCCAUGACAGCGGCAGAGCUGACCUGUGAGAUCCUGGACCGGCGGAAUAUUCCCAUCAAGGAGAAGGACUACUGGAGCUGCUGGGAGAUUAGUGUGAAGGAGGAGAUUGAACGGCCGCUGCACUAUCAGGAACGGGUGUUGGCCAUGCUGCACUCACUAGGAACGGACUCCUACCUGCUCAUCAAGAAGCAUCUCGCCAUGGAGAUUAUGAAGGUCUACCUGGCCACUAAAGUGGACGUGGCCAAAAACGGAUUGAUGAAGUUUAGAGAAGAGCGCAGCAUCCUGGGCCUGGGAGGCUUCCAUGAACGCUACUUCAUCCUCAACGCCAACACCCUGAGGAUGUACAAAGAAGUCAGGAGCAACCGGCCUGAACGGGAUUGGUCGGUGAAGAGCUUGAGGAUCUACCUGGGCAUUAAGAAGAAAGUCCGUCCUCCUUCUUGUUGGGGCUUGACGAUGGUGUAUCAAAGUGAGAAACAGGAGAAGCCCGAAAGACAGCAGUGGUAUCUGUGCUGUAGCAGUGAGGCUGAGAUGACCGAGUGGUUUGCAACUUUCCUCAGUAUCCAGUUCGACGGGGACGUGUGGCCCGAGCACGGCGUGCAGCACCGCCGCAGCACCCGCCCGCCGCCGCCUGACAUUCGCCAUGGUAACGUGUCCCUGAUACCGCUGCGGGGCAGUGAGAAUGAAAUGCGGAACAGUGUGGCAGCUUUCAGCCAGGACCAGCUUGCUCUUUUUAGGGACAUUCGAUAACAGGACAGGAUAUAAAGGUGAGUCUCUCCCCCUCCAGAACGAAAAGGCAGUACACGGUGUUCUGACUGAAAAACACUACACCUUAGGAGAAACACGCAGGGAUCCUCUGAGCCUCCCACAAGGCCUAUGAGUCAUCAACACGUCCACCUCUAAUGACAAGAUCCAUACCGGGAUGUGGGGGGUCCUCAGCUGUGAGAUGGGGCAGUACAGCCAUGCGGUGCCUUAGUCUUAGCCUGGAUUUCUUUACCUUCAUAAAUCGAUUAAAUUAAUCAUACAUGCUAAUCUGAGAGUAAAAGGGUGACUAUUGAUUGCAAUUCAUUCUGUAAUUAAUUAAGAUUUGACAUUGAUUAUUGCAUGUAAUAACACCAGCAAUUGUUUUUCUGGUGUUUUACUUGCAGAGUAAAUCCACUUUAAGAGACUAUUCCCUCAUUAAUUUAGUUAAUAAAAAGCCUACAGUCUCUUCCAACACUCAGAAUUACAGAGAAACACCUUUUGGAGAUAACUUGGCAACAGCAGCCAAUAUAUACAAUCAAAACUCUUAAGAGUUGGUCUGAAUUAUUGAACUGUGAUUCUGUGGAUUUGUAAUGCAACACAAAUCCCCUGCUCUGUCUUUGUGUUCCACAGUGGAGACAAUCAACCUCAUCUGAUGCCUUCCAAAGGUUCUGAUGACGUCAUCAUCAUUCUGCGACUAUGGAUUCUAGACUGAGCCAGUACAGACACUGAUAUUUGACACUGCCGUCAUCUUAAAUGGAUUCAAAUUCUACAGAUAAACAAGCAACCCGGAUCAUGUGGAAGAAAAGGACUAAAUGGUGCAUUGUAAAGGAGAGGUACCCAAUGCCCAUCCAAAAUGGCACCCUGCAAUCACGGCAGGUCGGAUUCGGGGGCGUAUAUCACUCCUUAACUUCAUGAAUCCUUCCAGCAGACCGUUAAAUGUUGCCUCACUGCCUUACAUUGUGUGAUGGAACAGGGGAGCUAUCUAACCCCUUGUGGUAUAUUUUUAUGAACAGAUGAAGUCAGGUUUCUGAAGCGCUAGCUUAGAUAUUUCUAACUCUUUGAAGGCUGCAUUUCAUAGUCUUUGAAAUAGAUGUUAUUAUUCAAAAAUCACGAUGUAGACCUUUCAGAUUUAACAUUGUUUUUUGGUCGUAUUGUACUGCUCUUGUGCCAUGGUUUUCGUUGUAUUUCCGUGACUGCGAGAAGAGCUGUUCCGUGUCGUUGCCGGAACACCAAGUAGAGAGCAGUGGUCCGGACGGGGGUUCUGUCGUAAGGAGGCCGUGGGUCUAAAUAGGGACACAAGAGAAGGACGUCCAGGAGAUGCAGACCAUAGAUCAGGUCUCACCUCAUUAACGUGUCCCUUCUGUUCACCAUACACUGCAUAGCCCUAAUCAUCUCGUCUGUGUCGACUGCUUCGGGAUUCCGAGCGUGUUUAUGUCAGUGGAGGACAUUUAACAAGACUGUGUGAGGAGGACGUGCUGUCAUCGUGCUGCACACCAAAUAGAAGUGAUUCAUCAAUAUAAAAAAAAAGGCAGAACGAGAAGUGCUUUGGAUUACUCCCCCCCCCCCCCCCCGUUGUCGCCCAGCCCUCACGCUCGUUUCGAGAUGCCUUUCGAUGCAGUGACACGAAAGGCCAUCGAAGGACUGCAUGUUCUGCAGCUCACUGUUACAGAGCCCUAUGCAUCCAUUUCUUCUCUCUACAUUCGCACAAACGCACCUCAAAUAUGUUUAAAUAUAUAUUUGAUUGAUUUGUCUCAAAAUUGCACACCUUACCUUUGUUGUCAGUGUACUUUUCUUCUUUGAUAUGUUUGUACGUAGUGAAUAAAUUCAGAUUUGAUGCAGGACUUGUAA